GGGUCAUGAAAAACCGUUGACUUGGAAUCAAGACUCACUAUAAAAUCACUAUCUCAAUAACCAUUUUCGUUCGAUCAACCACCCUAAUCCUCCUUCACGAUGGCAUCCUUCCCUACUUGCUCCGCCGAUGAGCUAACCCCUCUCCUCGGCCUCGCGGCCAACGCCACCGCCGCAGCCGACUACAUAUGCACCCGCUUCACCGCCACCUCAGACAAAUUCACCAACACAACAUACGCCAUAGACAACACCUACCUCCUCUUCUCGGCCUACCUCGUGUUCGCCAUGCAACUCGGGUUCGCCAUGCUUUGCGCUGGGUCGGUCCGAGCCAAAAACACGAUGAACAUCAUGCUCACCAACGUGUUGGACGCUGCGGCUGGAGGUAUUUCGUACUACAUAUUCGGGUUUGCUUUCGCCUUUGGUGGACCGUCCAACGGAUUUAUCGGGAAACAUUACUUCGGGUUGAAAUCGAUCCCUUCGUCGAGUUACGACUAUAGUUUCUUCCUGUACCAGUGGGCAUUUGCUAUAGCAGCUGCUGGGAUCACCAGUGGUUCCAUUGCUGAGAGAACUCAGUUUGUGGCUUACCUUAUUUACUCUUCCUUCUUGACAGGUUUUGUGUAUCCUAUAGUGUCACACUGGGUGUGGUCCAGUGAUGGUUGGGCCAGUGCCUCAAGAACAAGCGGUAGCCUCCUAUUUGAUUCAGGAGCCAUCGAUUUCGCUGGAUCGGGUGUGGUCCACAUGGUGGGUGGGAUCGCCGGUCUAUGGGGUGCGCUAAUCGAAGGUCCAAGAAUCGGACGGUUCGAUCGCACUGGGCGAUCCGUGGCCUUACGAGGCCAUAGUGCGUCCCUUGUGGUUUUGGGUACAUUCCUUCUAUGGUUCGGUUGGUAUGGUUUCAACCCCGGUUCAUUUCUAACAAUCUCAAAAUCCUACAACACUUCAGACGCUUUUUAUGGCCAAUGGAGUGCGGUUGGAAGAACCGCGGUCACCACCACACUAGCCGGAUGCACUGCCGCGCUAACCACAUUGUUUAGCAAGCGACUACUAGUCGGUCACUGGAAUGUGACCGACGUUUGUAAUGGCUUGCUAGGUGGUUUUGCCGCCAUUACAUCUGGUUGCGCAGUGGUGGAGCCAUGGGCCGCAAUUGUUUGUGGCUUUGUUGCAUCCUGGGUUCUAAUAGGAUGUAACAAACUCGCGGAAAAGUUGAAGUUUGACGACCCACUAGAGGCCGCGCAGUUACACGGAGGGUGUGGGGCAUGGGGCCUAUUGUUUACCGGUUUGUUUGCUAAGAAACGCUAUGUUCACGAGGUGUACGCAACCGGGCGGCCUUACGGGCUGUUCAUGGGCGGUGGCGGAAAGUUGCUAGCAGCUCAGAUCAUCCAAAUACUAGUGAUCUUUGGAUGGGUGAGUGCCACCAUGGGUCCACUUUUCUACAUUUUGAAGAAACUCAAGUUGUUGCGGGUGUCGAAAGAAGAUGAACUACAAGGAAUGGAUAUGACCCGACAUGGCGGGUUCGCGUAUAUAUAUCAAGACGAAGAUAGUAGUUCGCACCCGCCACCCGGGUUUACAAUGAGAAAGAUUGAACCAUCAAGUGCAACUCCAUCACCAAUUGUGUAGCUUGUGUAAAUUGCAACUGUGGAAAAAAAAAAUCGGAAUAUUGAUGAUGUGUUUGAAUAUAAAUAUUCCUUUGUUAGACUUGUAAUGUUGUCUUGUUUUCGUUUUGCUUUAGUAUUCAGAUUUCUCAUAUUAUUUGUGAAUAAACGUGACAAAAAUGAGUUUACUUCGUUACAUGUUUUGGUAUUAAAAUUUCUCAUUAAUUGUGUGAAAA